UCUCUCCCAAACAGUCCGCCCCUUCUCCCUCUCUUUCUUUCCGACCCCUCCAAGAAGAAAACACACGCACAGCUCCCAUUUCAAUCUCCAAAUGCUCUCUCCUUCCAAAAUCCAAACCCUCACUUUCUCUUUUUUAUCAUUUUCGCUCUUCAAAUUGAGGCUUCUCUCUUCAAAUUGAGCCUCAUAAAUAAAUCAGUAGACUCCACUCCGUUCGAUUUUUCCGGUUAGUCGGAGAGACGACGAUGGUGACGAUGACGAAGAAGACGUCGCCACCGCCAAUCACGGCGCGCCACGUGAUCAGGUCCAGCUGGAAGCUUCUGAUCGUCUUCUCCGUCUUGCUCUGCGUUUUGGCUCUCUACAGGUUUCAGUCUCAGCAGCCAGACCUUUACUCUCCUUCUUCUUCUUCUUCUUCUUCUUCUUCAUUAUCUCGCGCGAGAUCUCGAAUUUCUCGCCACAGCGUCAGCUUCGCCGGCCCCGCCAAGAUCGCCUUCCUAUUUCUCGCGCGACGUGACCUCCCGCUCGAUUUUCUUUGGGAGAGCUUCUUCGAGAAUGCCGGUGGCGCUUUGAAUUUUUCGAUUUAUAUUCACUCCGCGCCUGGUUUUGUGUUCGAUGAGUCCACCACGAGGUCUCGCUUCUUUCACGGCCGUCAAUUGCCGAAUAGCAUACAGGUGGGAUGGGGAGAAUCGAGCAUGAUUGAAGCGGAGAGGUUGUUGUUUGCGACAGCUCUUGAGGAUCCAGCAAAUCAAAGAUUUGUUCUCCUCUCCGACAGUUGCGUUCCUUUGUACAACUUCAGCUUCAUAUACAAUUACCUGAUGGCUUCUCCUAGGAGUAUUGUGGACAGCUUCCUGGAUGUGAAGGAGGGCCGCUACAACCCAAAAAUGUCACCCACAAUACCGAAAGCCAAAUGGCGGAAAGGAUCACAGUGGAUUGCUUUGAUUCGGAGACACGCCGAAGUUCUUGUGGAUGAUGAAGUUAUACUUCCGGUAUUCAAAAAGUUUUGCAGGCGUCGCCCACCUGUUGAUAUCAGAAAGGGGAAGCUGAAUCUUAAACUUCAGAAACAGCACAACUGUAUCCCAGACGAACACUAUGUGCAGACGCUGCUUGCGAUGAGUGAGCUUGACGGCGAACUUGAGCGAAGGACAUUAACCUAUACAUUGUGGAGCAACUCUCCAAAUAAAACAGAGAGUAAAGGCUGGCAUCCUAUGACUUUCAACCAUGCCAAUGCGGCCCCUCAAAAGAUAAGGGCAAUAAAGGAGAUCAGCCAUGUAUACUAUGAGACAGAAUUCCGAACAGAAUGGUGCCGUAUAAAUUCAACUGCAGUUCCCUGUUUUUUGUUCGCAAGGAAGUUCUCCAAGGGUGCUGCAAUGCGCCUUCUGAGCGAGGGAGUUGUUGGUCACUUUAACACAGCCACAUUGUUAAAACCAUCACCAUGAUCUGAUUCUUAACUUCUUAGCAGUCACUAACUGUUAGCUCAUCGGGACUAUAUUCUGGGCAAAGCCCACUAGAGGUUUACAGAAAUCAUACAUACUCAUACAACAGAUUUUGACACUGAAUAUGCUAGGGAGGUUGUCGUACUGCUGAUCAACUUGUGCAAAGAUGAAGAGUUGGUCACUCGUCAGAGACAUGAUGGGGAACGUUCCACCUGGGAUUUCAACGGCAUUCUGCUUGUGGCAUUUAGACAUGUUGAACUAGUACACUUGCCAGGCCUUCAGUUAAGAUAUUAACUUCAUGCUUGCUGCAUGCUAUACACGUUUAAAUAGUAAAAUCGUGGUCAUCUUGUCUUCUCUUGGCCUUUGAUUGUACAACUUGUAGGUAAAUUAAGUUACAUGAGUUCUGGAAGAAGACGGUGGAUGAUGGUUUCAAGUCUUGUAGAUGAUAGAUUGCUUUGAAUUUUCUCUGUAGAACGCUGCCUAAUUGAAUAACUAGUAAUUUCACUUGUUCCUGAACCUUCACACGGUUUGGAAAGGCUGCAUCA